AUGUCCAACCUAUAUGUACUAGAAGCUGGCCGUUUAAUGUUGUCCCCAUUACGCAGUUUCCCCUCUGUACCUCUGGUUAAACUUGGAAGUCACUUCAAAAAGGUGAAAGAUUUCCUCACCCGGUUUGCAAGCAUCCCAGACAUGUUGGAGCUGGACCAUUUAACGGUAACCGGAGACGUCUUCUUUGGCAAGAAUAUCACACUGAAAGGGACAGUGAUCAUUAUUGCAAAUUUCGGCAACCUCAUCACCAUGCCUUCCGGAGCCAUACUGGAGAACAAAAUUGUCUCCGGUAAUCUGCGCAUCCUAGACCACUAG